AUGCCCACACCUACCUUCCUCCGCCGUCCCCCCAGCCAAUGCAGCUGGCUUACGGCGAACACGCUCGACACCAUGCACCCCAGCGAAGGACUUCCCUCUCGACAUGUGCAUGCCUGGCGCCAAGCAAGCGAGCUCUACCGUGACGCUCAAAUCGCCAUCAGCGCCGAAGCUUUUCUGGAGCUGUCCUGGACCAUCGAGCAAACGCUCGAAAGCAACAUGUGUUUGAUCAAUGCCGCCAUUCUCUUUGCCCAGCUUGGAGAGCCACAUAUAGCCACCGACAUUUUGGAUGGCGCUGAGCCGCCCGAGGAAUUGGCCGCGCUUGUCAUGUUCAUUCUCGGCCACGUAGAGGCUCAGCAGAGCCACCAUGCUCGAGCACAGCUUUGCUUCAACAUCUGUGUCAAUAAGCUGAGCGUCGAGAGCGAACGCAAGUUGGACUUCAGACAUUGCGGCCUGGACUUCGCGCUGUCGGUAGCCGACUGCCGCUACUAUCUCUUCAUUAUCCGAACCAUGAAAGACAGCCUGUCCGACGAACUUGAGAGCCUGGCGAACUUUCCACUCGACACAUUAUUCAAGCCGCCGAAGCUCCCAGACGACGAGUACAAUGCUCCACUGAGCCCAGUCAGCGACGUGUCAUCCAGAAGUUCCAUUGGAAGUGGCGUGCCGACGCUCACUGACCAAAGCAUACCUUCAUCGCUCGAAAACGCUCCAACUCCAACAUCCACAGAGGCUCGGGAUAGUGGCUUAUGGUGUAUGCCGGCACCUCUGCACAAUGUCAAGCAGCAGCAAAGGGCAAUCUCUCCCCUGCGAUACGGUUUGUUUCCCAGGACGGGCGGUGUCGGCGAGGACCCGGUUCCCGUCUCUCAUCUUCUGGAUGAAGAAGUGGAUGGUCUGCGAAGGAUCACGUUAACAGACGGCAAUGCGUCACAAUGCACCUUCGACACGACCGAUGAAUGGCUGCACACGAUCAUCGAAGACAGCGCAUUUGACGGACCGCCAAUCCUACCUCUAAAGAAUCCCAGGCGAAACACAGCAGGCUCUCGAGAGCUACAAACGCCGGGCAUUCCCUCAAGUCCGAAUACCGCUGUAGACCCAAUUCCCGUACCAGCUGUGCCAGUGUCAGGGCUUUCACAUCCUGUGGAAAAGCUUGUAGUCUCCUCGCCCCCGAAGCCUGCACCCGAGAGACGCAAGAGCAAGUUUAGGCUGGACAAAAUGAGCAACAAGAGGGAGAAGAAGGAUGUCGCUCCUCUGCCCCUGCUCAUCCGUCCAAGUCUUCCGAGGACUCCCUCGGUCAUGAGCAAGAUGAGUUGGAAGUCGACGUUUUCGAGAAGACCGCCGGGCGAGGAAAGGACGGGAUAUGCUUCUCAGUACCAGCGCAGGCUCGAAGCACAGCAAGUGAACUCUUUUGCCGUCUUCUUUGGCGGGUUUGGUAGGAUGUGAAGCACUGUCGCUCUUGGUGUGAUUCCAGGGCGCAUUUCACAGCCUGGCACCUCACAUGCCAAAUACCCAACCAAGCAGACCAAGUCAGGCGCUGAGCUCAGUGCUUGUGCGUGGUCCGGCAGAAUGUGUGGGCGCACGCCAACAUUCUGCGGAUGAUUGAGUCGUCCGUUGCAGGGCAAAGAUGGUAGAACCUUGCCUUGGCUGCGAAACGUGCUGCUAUCUGGCUACGUCGGCCAGUUUUGUUCAGCAUCGCUAUGAGUGAACUCCAGCGCAAUUCCAGAAUGAUGCGCAUAAGACCGGCGACUUCGAUUUUUCUGGUCGGACUCAAGCGGUUGUACGCCGAGACUUGCGGCUGUCGAGCGUGGUAUCGCGUUAUCGACAGUCUCGAAAUGACACUGCUUGCCUUUUCUUAAGCAACGCCCACAGCGGUUCCGAUCGUGUCCAAUAGAGAUGGUCUUUUAGAAUGGCGGCAACCGACUGCCUUCACAGUUAGAUCUCGGGAAGCUGUCGAGCAUUCCCGACUCGCUCGUACUGCACGCUUGGGGAGAUGGAUCGUAUCCCAGUGCAGAGGUACAGUAGAAGCGCGCGAGGACGCGACACUGCCGAUCCGGCUCUCAUGAUGCGACAUUUGACUACAAUCAAUACUCGUAUAUCGUUUGUC